AUGGUUGAUAGCAAAGCCAAACUAAUAGAAAAUAUUUUUCCAAAUUUAAAGCAUAAUCAUAAAGAUUAUGAGUGGCUACAAAAACGAGCAAUUUUAGCAGCAACGAAUUUGGAUGUAGACGAAAUGAAUUUAAAAAUACAACAGAUACUGCCAGGAUAUGAAUUCACAUUUAAAUUAGUUGAUACUGUUAUUGAUCCUGAUGAAAUCGUCAAUUAUCCAGUCGAAUUUUUAAAUUCUCUUGAUUUACCAGGAAUGCCGCCGCACAAAUUACUAUUGAAAGUUGGUUCUCCAAUUAUAUUACUAAGAGAUUUAAAUGCCCCAAAAUUAUGCAAUGGCACAAGAUUAGCAAUAACAAAAAUUAUGGGAAACAUUAUAGAGGCAAUUAUUCUGGGCGUAAAAUUCAAAGAUGAUGCUGUUUUUUUGCCUAGAAUACCACUAAUUCCUUCGGAAUCAGUAAUAACUUUUAAAAGACUGCAGCCAUAA